AUGCUCGAACAUGCUGGUGUACCAAAGGACGAUGUGCCCAAAUGGGUUGGCUUCAGCACUACGGUGACCGCUACCUGUGCGGGCGUAAUGGGUAUGGUAUGGGGUAUGGCCUCUGAUUCCAUUGGUCGGAAACGUGUUAUCUUGCUUGAACUCAACCUCAUGCUGGUUUUCAUCCUACUGUUUGGCUUCUCACAACACCUCGCCUUACUGGUACUCUUCCGGGCUUUGCUUGGUCUCGUCAGUGGUAGCAUCGGUAUUAUGCGCACCAUGAUCGCAGAGAUGGUCCCUGAGAAGCUACUCCAGCCGUACGCAUUCAGCAUCCUACCUACCGUGGAGACAAUUGGGUCUGGGUUUGGUCCCGCCCUAGGAGGCUUGUUGGCGCACCCCGCGGAGCAUUAUUCUGGCAUCUUCGGCAAUGUUGCACUCUUGAAAAUGUUUCCCUUUGCUUUGUCUAGUAUAGCUUCUAGCUGUAUUGUAGCCGUCGCUAUUACGAUGGCAUCUGCUUCUCUUCAUGAAACGAAACCGGGACUGAAGGAUUCCCCUGAUUCUGAAUUGCUGAUCACGAAGGUCCUGAGGAAAGUGUGGGCAUUGCGUAACAGACAGGCCCCUGUCCAACCAGUUGGUGUUGAUGAGACAACAGCUCUACUUGGUGACACAAUAGAGGAAGUAGAUGAAGAGUUGCAGCAUAUAGAAGAGGCCUUAGAGCGCAGAGCAGCUGACCUCAAGCGCCGUUGGUUGAGCAUUGUCUCUCCACAGCCUAUUCUCCUAUUGCUGAUAUCCGGUGCGAUGAGCAUGCACACCGUGGCUUUCGACUCAUUGUUCCCGGUACUACUGGACUAUCCUGUACAACAUCUAAAGGGAAACCCAGACGUGCACCUUCCAUUUAAAUUCAGCAGUGGACUCGGGUUAGAUACCAGUGAGAUGGGUCUUUUCUAUUCAAUCGUCGGCGUAUCCAGCAUGAUAGUCCAGCUCGUGAUAUUCCCAUGGGCGGCCAGGAAGUACGGGAUCCUUCAAUGUCUGAGGCUGGCUUCCACGGUUUUUCCCAUGCUUUACCUGGUGGUUCCAUUUGUGCCUCUUCUCCCACAGCCCCUGGCCAGUGUGGCAGUGUGUGCACUGCUGAUUUUCAAGAUGGCUGGGUCCGCCUUUGUUUUCCCCUGCUGCACGAUUCUGAUCAGCGAGGUAGCGGGAACCAUUGGCAUGUUAGCAACUGUGAAUGGAAUAGGUACCAGCAUUAACGCCUUUGGACAAGGUCUUGGACCGGGAGUCCUGGGGCCUGUAUUCUCGUUUGGUGUGAAACGGGGCUACAUGAUUCUUCCUUGGUGGUUGCUGGCGGGGUUCGCGUUUCUGAGUUCGAUUCCAGUGGCUUGGGUUACAGAGAUGGAUAUCUCGCCACCAGAGGUGAUCUUUCCGCCCAAUGAAGAAGAGCAGCAAGCUGGUGACACUGAGAAUGGCGAAGCCCGCGGCCGACAGCUUGGUCGGCCCGAAUUAGUUAGCUUUCCGGUUUGA